GAGGUGCUUGAGUAGUGACGAGGGCAAGGCGACGCUCGAGGAGGUACACAGUGGCACUUGCGGAAUGCAUGCCAGCGCCCGAAGUCUGGAAAAAACAUUGCUUCGACAGGGGUACUAUUGGCCAACAAUGCGGAAGGACGCCAAGGCUCAUACAGGUGCCUGUCAUCAGUGUCAAGUCCACGACAACAACAUAUAUCCAAAUGCAUCAAUGCAAGGCAACACGGGCGCCUGGCCCUUCGCACAAUGGGAGAUGGACCUUCUAGGUCCUUUUCCGAAGCGACCAGACAGAUGAAGUAUAUGAUAGUCGCCGUCGACUAUUUCUCCAAGUGGGUGGAAGCCGAACCUUUGGCAACCAUUACUGAAGCCCAUGUGCGCAAGUUCACAAGGAAAAAUAUAUUCACUCGAUUUGGCUUGCCGGAGUCUAUUGUUACCGAUCAUGGCAAACAGUUCGACUACAAAAAGUUUGUUGAGUUUUGCGACGCGCAUGGAGUGAUCCUGAGAUUCUCCUCUGUAGCAUACCUACAAGCCAAUGGGCAAGCUGAGGCGGCUAACAAGACUAUCUACCAUGGUUUGCAUACGCGUCUCAUGGGCGUCAAGGGGCGUUGGGUCGAGGAAUUACCCAUUGUGCUCUGGGCGCAUAGGACCACGUAUAAGUUUGCCACCGGCGAAACGCCCUUUGCGGUGACCUAUGGCAGCGAAGCGGUCAUCCCAGUCGAAGUCAACAUUCCUAGCUAUCGCGUGCCACAUUAUGAUUCGGGCAAGAACGAGGAAGAUAGGUUUGAUGAGUUGGAUCUUUCGGACGAGCGCCGAGAAGUGGCGUCUGUGCGCCUAGAGGCAAUGAAGAGGCAAGUGGCCCGAUACUACAAAAAGAAGAUGCACCCGCAUAGUAUACCAAAGGCGCCCUAGUCCUAAAGAGAGACUUUCGGCCAAGCGCCUAGGAAGGAAAAUUGGCUCCCAAAUGGAAGGGCCCAUAUUGAGUUGGGGAAGUCGUCAGGGUGGCUACGUUCAAGCUCGAGCACCUCAACAGCAAGUCGGUUAAAAGGAAGUGGAAUGCGUAAAACCUACGUGCGUAUCACCCCCCACUGGGGGGCAAAGAGGCAUGAUUCUGAUGGUGCAAAAGGGUGGCGCCUUUGGUAGUGAGUUUUUUUUUUGUGGGGAAUCAAAGCGUUUGUGGCGUUCGGCGCCUAGUUUCGUGGGUAGCAAAGUGUCGUAGGUAAAGUUGUGCUCAGUGCUUGUGUUAAUUAAAGCGCCCGCAGAACAGCUCCCCCUUGUGUUAAUUAAAGUUGUGCAUGUCAUUACGAAAAGCGCCCGAAUAGUCGCGCCCGCAACAACGAAACGCGCCCGUAAUCGCGCCCAAAUCGAACUAAAGCGCCCGGUCGUAUAAUUUGCGCCCGUACCAAAUUUAAGCGCCCAUACUAGCACCUAAAUACUGUCGAAAGAGCCCUGUACUAUAGCACCCUAUAUCAAUAAAGCGCCCAUAAAGUAAAGCGCCCAACCAAUUACAAAGUAGAAGGAAAGAGCGCGUCAUGAAAAGACGCCUUAUAAUUAAACGGGAUACCAUAUUCAAAGGUCUACAUAACACAAGGAGCCCCUCUCACAUGAAGGGCGCAUAAUUAUCAAAGAAACGGAGGAAACAUUACAGUCGGGCGCCCACAAUGCAAGGUUACAAAGCGUAAAUCUACUCCGACUUAGAAGAUAGGUCGUCCACCAGAGACGACUCGCUAUCGUGGGGAGACGUUGCCUCCCCGCCUCCAGUUUGUGGCGCCUCAUCCUAUCCGGGCGUCUGCUCUUGUUGCUCGCUUAGCAUCUCCUCGAUUACAAAAUCCACCAUUUCAUUGAGGUCCCAAGUUAUUUCGUGGUGAUCUUGGUCGAGCUUUUUCUUGACGAUCACCAAGCUGUCAAGGGACGCCUUAGCAAUCAUCGCCUGUCCCUGCUCAGAGUUGGGGAAGUAUUUCAAAGACGCCCUCAAGGCCUUGAUCUUCUUGUGAGCAUUCUUUCACAACCAUUUAUAUCUCUAGUAGCUUUGUUCUAUACUUAAAGUAUAGGGUAUAUGUGUCAUUUCCAAAUAAAAUAAAUUUACGCAAACAACAUAAACAAAAAAUCUCAACAACCAAUGUCAAAAUGAGCUAAUUGUAAAAAUACAUGUAUUUAUAUUAUAGCAAUUUAUUAAAAACACAACCAUUUAACUUACGAAUAUGAUCUUUCAGAUUUAUGCCCAGUAGCCUAGCCACUAGCCGUCGAUAAUUAGUAUGCGACUUCUAAAUAAGAAUACAAGCUGAUAGGUUGGUGGACCAACACGAAACUUAUCAAUAAUCAAAAUUCCAACACAAAGGUGACUUUCAAAUCAACCAGAUUUUGCAAAUUCCCAAUUCAUGAGUUAAAUUUAUAUGUCUAACCAUCAAUUCGGAAAUUUUAUUACAAACCAGCUACUCAUAAUUAACUUCCAAACAAGAAAAAAAAAGAGGAGCUCUCUCCUAUCUCCACAAGCUAGGUCGAAUCGCUGGGGGUUUCCUAGUAAAGGCGAUCGUCCUCCUUCUGCAGGUUAGUCUAGCAAAUCAACAAUGGCUUCGUGGAAGUACAACAAGGCAGGACUCCUUCCACGAUGGAAUGGAAACUGAGCAGAAACAAAUGAAGGCAACCCUGGUCAUCCCACAUAUUGAGGGUAAGGGCAGAAAUAGGGUCGCUCGGGUAGUUGGCUAUAAUAUCGAGCUCAGAAAAAGGAUGUUGGGCUCUAUCCCGGCGAAUCUUAUGCCUUGAGCCAAGAGAGCUCGAGUGCUAAAGAAUGCUAUGUGGAGGAUUUUGUUUCCCUCGCAGGCUGAAAUAGAUCCGGAUGGCUAGUAGGAGGGAAUCCGGUCUCGUGUUGCCGUUGGCGGCAUGCCUGAGGCCAGCCUCCUCCAUGAAGAGCCGCUGAGACCGGUGGGUAAAUGCUGUGAUGUCCAAAAUAAAGGACUUUCCAAUCGCCAAGCAAUGCAGUCAAAAGCGCGAUUCUACCUAGAAGCGGUUGGGUGACCUAGAAGCGUAAAAUCGUAAGCUUUUAAGUUUUAAAACGUAGAUUUUAACUACAUUUGUAAGGGAAAAUCACGAUUCUACGUAGAAGCGUUGUGGUGAACCAAAAAGGUAAAAGCGUAAGCUUUUAAGAUUUAAAGCGCGAUUUUGACUACAUUGUCGCCAGGUUCCGGUGAUGGUCGUCAGAGCUUCGGCACAUGUUGUCGCCGCCGGUAACUCGUGCAGUUGUCAAAUCGAUAAAUCCGCCUAAAAUCCAGCAGACCGGUUCACCCUGUGAUAUGGGUAUAUUGCCCGGAUAUUGUAUCCUGGAAAUGGGGAUUUUAUCUUUCGAAAUUUCAAAUCGAGAGGGACACUCCUGUUCGGAUUCUGAAUGGUGUAAAUGAGAAUGAAAGGGGAAGGAAUCAAGAGAAUAUCUUGAA